AUGGACUCCUCACCCAACAGAAACCCAGUACUGGAAACUUUCAAUCAAACUGGUACUCAGGGGCGCUGCCUGCACCAAUCUAAAGCCCCCAUUUCCAUAAUUUUCCUACCAAACAGCGACCUUAGCGCUGAGUCACUGACCAACAACGAAGAUCUAGUCAUCAACCCUUGCGAUAAGGGUGGGCCAAACAGGCGACGACCCGCACAAAUCAUAGCACACAAUAGCUGGUUCAAAUGCAAAUUUGUCUUCGCACAUUUCAAUAAAAGCAAAGAACCUACUAUUACUAAAGGCGCUAAGAAAUUCCAAGAACCAAAGCCAAAAGAGGAAGAUAGAACAGUGUUUGAUAAGAAGCUUGUUGUACAAGAGCCUAAUAUAAAGGACAUUGUGAAAGAAUAUACGUCAACCUGUAAAACUACAAAAAGUCAGGUUGGAGGGGCAACUCUAGGAUUUGUUACCCCGUGGCACAACCAUGGAUAUGAUGUUGCUCGUCAGUUUGGAGGGAAGUUUACCUACAUAUCACCAGUUUGGCUUCAACUGAAAUUUAAAGGACAUAACGAUUUUGUCAUUGCUGGAGGACAUGACAUUGAUCAAGGAUGGAUGGCAGAUGUCAAGAAAUCCAGGAAAACAUACAUUGUUCCUAGAGUUUUGUUCGAUGGUUGGAGCCUACCUGACUAUCAGGCUGUAUUUGCUGAUCCAGGAAUUCAGGCAAAAAUGGUGGAUACACUCAUCAAGUUACUCAAAAAGCAUAACUUUGAUGGCGUAGUUAUUGAAGUUUGGAGCCAGCUUGGAGGAAAUUAUAAAAGUGAAAUAUCUGAUGUUCUGGUACAUAUGGCUGAAGCACUUCAUAAUGAAGAUAUGGAAAUCAUCCUUGUCAUACCACCUGCUACCUAUCAGGGUGGUAGGAAAGGCAUGUUUGUAAAGGCAGACUUUGAUAGACUUGCCCCACACAUGGAUGCUUUUAGCCUUAUGACAUAUGACUAUUCACAUCCCGGCAAGCCUGGACCAAACAGUCCAUUGUAUUGGGCAAGUCAGUGUGUGCAGUCAUUGUGCCCUGAUGCAGAAUCUCCCUGGAGGAGAAAAAUCUUAUUAGGGCUCAACUUUUAUGGGAAUGAUUACUCUUCCAGUCAAGGAGAAGCCAUAAUCGGCAACAGAUACAUCGAAAUUCUGCACAAAUACAAGCCGAAACUAGAAUGGGAGGAGGCCUCGGCUGAACACUAUUUCAGAUAUCGUUCUGAAGGUUCGGGCGAGCACUUGGUCUUUUACCCAACGCUAUUCUCCGUACAGCAGAGGAUUGAGCUGAUAAAUUCACUUGGCACUGGUUUGUCCAUAUGGGAGAUCGGGCAAGGUCUAGAUUACUUUUACGAUCUCCUGUAGACUGCGAUACCAGGUUAGGUUGCUUAUAGCGCAGAGACCAUAAACUUGUGGGUCAAGAUGUGUAACAACGUGUGGGUCGAAAUGUCAACUUGUUAAUUAACAAUAAAUGUGUGCAAUCACAGAGCUUUGAACUAUAAUUGUGUAGGUCAAAUUAUUCAUCUUGCAAAAUUUCUGCGAGUGUAGAGCAGCCAUGACGAUCGCUGAUAGCACUCGACUGUAUGUGGCACCUAUAACAUGUGUAGAUACAAAUGUAUAUUGGAAUUAUAACGUGAGAGUAUUUCUGUUGGGAGUAACAUUUACUGUGAUAUCUGUGGUUUUAUAACUAAUAGUUGUGUAAGACAUCAACUGUGUGCCAGUAAAAAUGCUCACAUCUGUUGCUUCAACAUCAGCAUAAACUUAUACUGGUUAUAAAAAUGGUGAGAUUGAAUUAAAAAGUUCACGUGAAACAUAUUCUGCCAUAA